CGUGGUGCAUUGGGGAGACCAAUGUGUGACUGAUUACUGUCAUUGUGAAAAAUGAAGCUGUUCCCGUCUUUCACGUGUCUCACGGUGGAUCAAAAUCUGUGUAAUUUGGCGUACUUCAGCGUUUUCUCCCUGUUUCCUGUUUCUUUGACGUUUUUUGUAGUCAGUGAAAGAAAUGGGAACAAAUGCAGUGUUUUUCCAACAGGCUCCUUGUAACACAGUAGAACAGGUACAAUCUGACAUUGAUUCUUUUGUAAGUGUUAUCAGGACCCAGCUGCAAUGGUCCAGCUUUGAGGGCCAAGACCGCUUCACACAGAGCAGCCACAAAUGUGGACUCAGUGGGACGAGUAUGUCAGGCAGGUGUCCAGUGAAAUGGUCCUGAAAGACACACAAAUCAUCAGCCUGCAGGAGAGAGAAACCACACUAAGGACUGAGCUGGAGCGGAGCAGGAAACAGACUGAAAGGUACAAACAGCAUCUGAGAGCUGGACUCAACAGAGAGAAAGUCUUGGAGAAGAACAGCGUGCAGAUGGAGCUGGAAUGGCAGCGACGCUUUGAAGAUGUAAAGGCGGACUACUACCUUGCAAAUGAGCAGCUAAUACAAGACCUGAUCGAGGCCAGAGACCAGGCUAAAGCUGAGCUGAUGGAGAGAGAGCAGCAGCUGCAUGAUCUGACCGUCUUGCUCCAGUCCACUAGCAGGGAGCAAGAUCAGGCUGUACAGGGUCUCACUCCAAAGGUGGAUUCUCUGGCAUCGGUGGAGAUCCGGCGUCUACAGGAGCAGAACAGCGCCCUGCGUGCUGUGGUUACCCAGAUGAGAAAGGACAUGGAAGGUCUCGGCCAUCUCCUAGUCUUACCUAAUGCUGAGGCACCAGUGCAACCUCCGUAUCAGGAAUCUUCAGCCUCCAAAGGCAACACAGCAGACUCCCGUCAGCCUCUGGAGCAGGAGGUGCACCUGUCAGGUAAGCACCUCGAGGAGCAGCGAGGAGGUGUCACAGGACUGUCAGGCCUGGCUUCAGCCAUGGAGGACCCACAACACAUCGAUCCAGGCAGAUCACAGCCUGAAAAUCAAGCUGGUGGUUCGUGUCUGGAUGAACGUGGCAGGUGCCCCGCUGUGACACGUGUGGAGUCAGCUUCCAAUGACAUCACACAGCAGAGGACACUGGUGCAGCAGCUCCAAGGAGACAGCAAGUAUGUGAAACCAGCUCUGAUGUGUGGCGUGUUUAAGAGCGUCCAUCCUGCUAAAAAUGACCCCCAGCUCCUUCGCGUCAGGCUGAAGCAGGCAGCGUCCUGCAUCGCCCGUUUGAGCAGAGAGAAACAGCAGCUGAUAGCGCUGGGCAACCGCCUCCGUGCCCAGAUCGCCGCCGACGGACGGCAGGCACCGGGGGGGCUGGAGAAGGACACCCCCACAGAGAAACUAGGAGACCACCAUGGCCGCCUUUCUGCUGUGGAACAGCUGCAGUACCAGCUCACCACUCAGGAGCUGCAAUAUGCACUGAUGCAGAGAGCUUCUGCUGCUGCUGAACAGCACAUCCCACCAACAAAGAGCCAGGCUUUCUUCAAAGGGACUGCAAACACUUGCCAUGGGCUCAAACCCAGAGACACGUCUGAGACACGCUCACAGCUGCACUUGUCCAGGACUGUGUCGCAUGAAUCGCUGUGCUCAUUAACGAUGCUGUGGGACACUCUGGAUCGUGGACUUACGGACUCAGAAGGUGAACGUGGGCUCAGGAGCAGACAGUCUGGUGGCUCUGGAGUCCAGAUGAUGGUGCAUGGUAGUGGUGUGAUUCCCAGCCAGCCCCAGACUGAGGUCCAGCAAAGCAGGAGGCAGUCUAAAACACUGCCAAGCACUACCAAGACCAACAGACCUGCAGUCCCUGCCAGGAUCAGCAAGAUCAGAAACUACAAUGUUAAAGACUGAGAUGGAUGUUGAGGACAAGCCCAGACCAGAGCUCCCAGCAGCUGGCACACUGGGAGUAACACACGAGCAUCACGGACAACACAACAAAGAGAGAAGAGUGGGACAAGGAAGGGAACGAGACUCUGAUGGAUGUAAUGAAGACAAUCAGACAGAAAACAACAGCAAACACACACCAGCAAAGGAAGAAACAGGCCACAAACACAAGAACACUCACAGUAAACAUGAACACAAAGACAAAAACACUGCAGGACAGAGACAAUCGAGACAGAGACAGGACGGAUAAGAAACACUCAAGGGACCAAAAACCUGAAACUGGAGCUGAACCACACAGUCCAUCAAACUGAGCAGGAAGCAGAACUCGAAUAACACAACAGGACAACUAUGACUGACCGACAAUGAAGCUAUACAACAAACAGGUUACUGGAUAAGAUGUGAUUGUUUUCAUGCACAUAUGCACCGCAGCAGAAGGAGAAAACAAACCCUGACCAGCAAAAACCUGAACAGAAAUCAAACGUGUUGAACCCACGUGAGAGUUUCAGGGAGGAAUAUUCAAGAUUUUAAGGAGCGUUACACCUUUAUUGCUGCGCUCUCACACACUCUGUCAGAUCCAAUAACUGAAGAAACUACAGAGACACAGAACACACAGGAGCAUACAGCACGAGGCCUUAAACACACACGAGGGGACGAGGCAGAGUGGACACCACGGGGGACACAGCUGGACAGAGUCACAGUAAGGGACUGUCAAAAUAAAACAGGAAACGUAACACUGACACAGACACAAAGACGGACGAACCAUGGACAAAAAGGUAAAGACACAUGGAGACACGUGGAGGAAACUAAUAAACCUGAAGCUAAACUAGAAACCAACCUGAGGAGCAUGAGGAAGGAACACUGAUCAGUGGGUUAGAACUCCAACAUAAAUUCACGUUCUCGUGAAUAAAUCCUUUCUAAAGUUAAAA